AUGGGAGCGGAUCCGAGACAGGCGUGGGAGCAGAUCCAGAAGAGCAUGCAGCGGAUGCAGCAGCAGGGCAAGAGAUUCGGCGCAGGCGGAUCAGGUGGUCCAGGACCAAGAGGAGCCCUCACAGUCGACGGAGGUCACCGCGCAAUAAAGUAUACCCGUGUCGGCGGCGUGAGCAAGGAAAUCUACGGCGAAGGAACCCACAUCCGAAUCCCCUGGUUCGAGACACCAGUCGACUACGACGUGCGCGCCAAACCCCGCUCCAUCCCUUCCCUGACCGGCACGAAAGAUCUCCAGAUGGUCAAUAUCACCUGCCGUGUCCUCGCCCGACCUAGCAUCGAGGCCUUACCUCAGAUCUACAGGACUCUGGGCCAGGAUUACGAUGAGAGGGUUCUGCCGAGUAUUGUGAAUGAGGUGCUGAAGAGCGUGGUGGCGCAGUUCAAUGCCAGUCAGUUGAUCACGCAGCGAGAGCAGGUCAGUAGGAUGGUGAGGGAUAAUCUCGUGAGGCGGGCGGCGAGAUUUAAUAUCAUGGUUGAUGAUGUUUCGUUGACGCAACUCUCCUUCUCCCCCGAAUUCACCGCAGCAGUCGAAGCCAAGCAAGUCGCCCAGCAAGAAGCCCAGCGCGCCGCUUUCGUCGUCGACAAAGCCCGCCAGGAGAAACAGGCAACCGUUGUCCGCGCACAGGGUGAGGCUCGUUCGGCCGAGCUGAUCGGUGACGCGAUCAAGAAGAGCAGAUCCUACGUUGACCUAAGGGAGUUUGAGAAUGCUCGUGCUGUGGCGAGUGUGUUGGAGAAGAGCAGCAAUAAGGUGUACCUUGACACGAGCGGGUUGGGCUUGAAUAUCAGUCAGGUUGGGCAGAAUAAGAAGGAGUAA